AUGUUAAACUCUAAAUUUGAACCGGAUAUUGUAUAAAUCACAGAACAAUUAAGCAAACGACUUAAUGAGAAGAAGAAAUCGAUUUAGGAGUUUUUAAACAUUCUGGAAUAAAGAGCUGAAAUAGAAGAUGUGUAUUCCAAGAGUCUUGAGAAGAUAGGAAAUGAAUUAAGUAAUAUAGUUGAGAAUACACAGCAGGAUAGCUUUACAGAUAUCAUGCAAUAUGUCAGAAAUUAUCUUCUAAUUUCAAGUGAGUAGAGUAAAGAAUUGUAUUAGUAGUUGAAAAAUAAUGUUGUUUUAGAAUUACAGAACACCAUUAGCCUUGAUUAAGGAUGGAUUAAUGAGGUGAAUAGGAUUUAAAGUAAACAUUCUAGGGAGGUUAGAAGGAAUAUAGAGGAAUUGCAUGCAUUACAAGAUGAUUACAAUUAAGCAUUGUAUGAGGAAAAGUUUUAUUUGGAAGGUAAGAUCACUUCUAAGAAGAGGAAUCACGAGAAGAGCGAAACGAAUUUAAAAUAGUUCAUUCUUUAUUAUAAUUAAUAUUUAGACACAUAUUUUUAGGAUAUUGCCUAUAUUCAAGACAUAUUUCUUAAUAUAGAAAUUGAUAGGAGAAAAUUGGUGUAGGAUGCUGGAAUGAAAUUGUUUAUGUAUGAGAUAUCAUUGAUCAGAAAUUUACAAUAUGACAUUAGUGGGAUCACUUAGAAAAUAGAGCAAUAUAAAAGCAAUAAUAAAUAGAGUGAGUUACUCAUCAUUCAAACUAAUGAUAGGCCUCUUCUCUCUAAAUUAAAUGUUGAAAAUUAUAUACUUUCUCUGAAAUAAUAAUACAAUUUAGAUGAAAAUUAGCGUAAGAAAAAGUAAUUAGCUGAAGGACUAAACGGAUCUGAUUAAAAGAAGGUUGAUUUUAUAUAGGCAAAUUCAUCGGAUUAUUUAAAGUACAAUAAGAUGUUUGAAUAAGCAUUAAGGUUUUCUGAGAUCAAUGAUGACAUUAUCAAACAGUUGAUAAAUCUAUUACAAAAAACCAAAGCAUAGUAAUUUUAUGAUGCAUUUAUUUCUACUAUUUAAAAAUUAUCUAACCAAAAAAAUGAUUAUUCUGUUACACCUUUGGGAUAUCAAACUUGUUUGAAGUUGUCAGAUGUUUUAUUAGAUUAUUGUAAUAAUUAGAAUACAAAUGCGUAAAUAGUGAUUAAUCUGCUUAAGUUUUCAAAAAAUAUUUACAAAAUGUUGAGCGUUUAAGAUUAAGAGAAUGUGGAGAUAUAGGAGACCAUUAAAUUUUCUUUAUUUGGUAAUUAUGAAGUUCAUUACAGAGGGUUUAAAGAAUCAUGA